GUGAGAGUUUAUAUCGACAGUCAACAAGAAGAGUAAAAUCGUGUAUUUUGUCUGGUAAAAUUUGAUCUUUGCUCGCUUUUGAGCGCCGUUUUGAAAGGCUUUGACAAAUAAACGGAUGAUGAUAAUAAAGUAAAGCUAUCUGUGGGUUAAAUGGCAAGCAACAUCAUGGGAUGUUUCGGCGGCAGGAGCAAAAACCGUGAAACGAAGAAACGAAAAAUUCGCUAUGAAGGGAUUGAAAUGGGCGGCAAAGUACACACAUUGGAGUGUACGACGCCGAUGCCUGAAGAACAAGAACUAAAUGCUAUGUUCGCCGAAUUGGUGGAAGAACUGGACUUAACUGGAGAAAAUAAGAAAGCAAUGUUUGAUCUUCCUGCUGAGAAAAAAUGGCAACUAUAUCAAUCAAAGAAAAAGGAUCAACCUAGCUCCACGGAUUACCCAGAAUAUUACAUUGAUCGCAUGUCAAGCCUGAAUUCUCUGUACUUCUCAAAAAGUGAUGAGGAAAUUGAAACACGAACUAAACUUGUUGAUGACCUAAAGACGGCAUUAAGAACGCAGCCAAUAAGUUUUGUGAAUGAUUUCAUUGAGAAAGAGGGAAUACAAUGCCUCUUGGAGUUUCUGAAGAAUAUGGACUAUGACACAUGUGAAAGUAAGAUCCAUACUGCUGUUAUAGGUUGCUUCAAGGCUUUAAUGAAUAAUUCACAUGGGCGAAGUCAUUCCUUGUCUCAUCCUACCUGCAUUAAUACUAUUGCACAAAGUCUUAGAACAGAAAAUAUCAAGACUAAAGUUUCUGUCCUGGAGAUAUUGGCUGCAAUAUGCUUAGUCCCAGGUGGUCAUAAGAAAGCUCUAGAAGCAAUGACUCACUAUCAGGCAUACGCUAUGGAAAGAACACGGUUCCAGAGUUUGAUGCAUGAUCUCGACAGAAGCACUGGCAGUCACAAGGAUGAAUUUAACUUGAAAAUUGUGAUAAUGUCUUUCGUUAACGCCUCUCUCAGAUACGGCGCUGGUUCGGAUCAUUUAGAGUUUCGUAUUCAUUUGAGAUACGAAUUCCUUAUGCUUGGUAUCCAGUCGACGAUUGAGAAACUGCGGACAAUGGGAAACUCAAAUCUGGACAGGCAUUUAGACUUCUUUGAAAUGAUGCGUCACGAGGAUGAGAAAGAUUUGGCAAAGUUCCUCGGUGCUCAAACGAUAGAUUUGAGGAGUUCUACGAAUAUGGUUGGUGUGAUCAAACAAAAGAUCGGUCAAACAGAAGCAUUCCCUCACUUUCUCUCAAUCCUUCAACAUCUUCUUCUUUUUCCAAACGACAGCAAGACGGCGCGGAAGAUCUGGGAUCUCACGGAUAAGUUGGUUCAACAAGUCAGCAUACAACGAGAAGACGGUGAAGAUCCUGACGUGGCCUUGUUAAGCCUCAACGUCAAUCGCAUCCUCGAACUCUUGGCAGAAGACGAGGAGAGGAAACGUAUUGAGGACGAAGAAGAUUUGGAAGAGAUGCGGGACAAAUUGGCGAAGCUUGAGAAAAACUUGGAAUCAACGACUCAAGAAAAGGACGAAACAAACGAAGAAAUGGCGAAGCAGAAGAUCCGAUUAGAUCGUGAAAUAGCGGAGAAAAAUGAGGCUUUCGAUAGAGUACGAGAGCUUGAUGGCAAAGUCAGCAGUGCAGCCACGUUGAUCGACGCUCAUCAAAAAGUCAAGGAAAAACUUGAGGAAAUCAUAAAGAAAUGCGGUGGAAAAAUCCCUGAAGAUUGCACCAUUGAACACUUCGUUAAAAACAGCACCGGUGCUCCUCCGGAUAUUCCAAACCUUCAGCCGUCCGGUGGGCCACCUCCGGCUCCACCAUUAGCCGGACUACUCCCGCCUGGAGCACCACCACCACCUCCCCCUGGCGGAGCACCACCCCCACCACCCUUACCGGGGGGAGUACCUCCUCCACCUCCACCACCCGGAGCGGGUGUACCAGGUCCUCCACCACCACCUGGUGCCCCUGGUUUACCCGGGAUGCAACAGAAGAAAACGAAUCGAAAUACACCAAAACCUUCUCAGCCGCUCAAGUCGUUCAACUGGUCCAAAUUGCCUGAUACUAAAAUCAAAGGAACAGUUUGGACUGAGAUUGAUGACUCCAAGGUGCAUCAAGUGAUGGACUUCAAUGAUUUUGACAGAAUGUUUUCAGCUUAUCAAAAGAAUGACCAGAAAGAUGGACCUGAUGAAAGAUUUGCUUCUCAAUCGAAGAAUAAAGAGUUGUCUUUGAUCGACAGUCGAAAAGCUCAGAAUUGCCAGAUUCUUUUGUCAAAGUUAAAGACAUCAAACGAAGAUCUUGCGAAAGCUGUUCUCUCAAUGGAUAAAGACCAAGAGCUCUCCGUUGAAAUGUUGGAACAGAUGUUGAAAUUUGUUCCUACGACGCAAGAAAAGAACCUUCUCAACGAUCACAGCAAACAAAAAGACCAAUUUGCCAAAGCGGACAGAUUUUUGUAUGAAAUGUGCAGAAUUUCUCACUAUGAACAGCGACUGCAAACACUUUACUACCUCAAACGUUUCCCAGAAAGGAUGGGGGAUAUUAAGCCGAAAGUCAAAGCUGUGGCUGAAGCAUCGAAGCAGGUUUUCCGCAGCAGGAAAUUCCGAGAUUUGCUCGAAGUCGUUUUGGCGUUUGGUAACUACAUGAACAGAGGGGCCAGAGGGAAUGCUGCGGGCUUCAAAAUCGCCAGUAUCAACAAAAUAAUGGACACAAAAUCCAGCUCAAAUACAAAAAUCAAUCUACUCGACUAUCUUAUAAUGUUACUGGAACAAAAGUUUCCCACCUUACUCAUGCUUGAGGAAGAAAUGGGUGACGUCAGAACAGCGGCCAAAGUCAGUUUACAAGAGAUGGAAAAAGAUGUGAAAACGUUCAAAACAGAACUCAAAGCAGUUGAAAAGGAAUUUGAAUACCAGACGAAAAAGAAAGACAAAGCAUUUGGUGAUAAUUUUGUUCAAGACACAGGCGCGUUCCUCACGGCAGCCAAAGCUUCGUUCACAGAAUUAGAUAAUUCUUGGAAAGAUAUGAAGACCAAGUACGAUAAGUCAGUCGUUGCUUUUGGCGAAGAUCCCAAGACGAUCACUUCAGACGAGUUCUUUGGCAUUUUUAAUACCUUUUUAAUAUCGUUUGCAGAGGCAAAGAAUGAAAACGAAAGGAGAAAGAAGAAAAAAUUGGAAGAGGAGAGGCGUGCAAGAGAACAAGCUCAGCAAAAGGAAAGGGACCGACAGAAAAACGUGGCGAAGAAAAUCGCAAGCGGAACGCAAGAAAACACGGCAAACGUGAAAGAGGAAUCUAACAAAAGAGGAGAAUUCGAUGAUUUAAUUUCCGCUUUAAGAACUGGUGACGUAUUUGGGGAUGACGUGAAAAAAUAUGGCGGACGUAGGAAAAUGAAGGGGGAGAAACCUGCUCCUAAACCUCCUACGAGUGCCGGCGACAGAGAACGAAACGUCUCAAAAUUCUAGGCUAAUAUCAAUUCUUAGAAUGAACUUAAACAAAAUUCUAGAUAAAACAAAUUCCCGUAAUUUUAGAAUUGGAAUAUGUCAUCUCCUAUAGGGCGACUUCUAGGAGGUUUCUAUAUAAUAUGCGUCCUAGAAACGGAGGUUUUCCAGAAAGCCUUAUUCGGUUUGAAGAAAUCCCUUUCUAAGAAAGUUGGCACACUUCUAAGAAGCAAGCGUUUCGAAGGACGGCGUGAGUGUUCACGUGGUGAUGAUUUGCAUUCCAAUGAAGGUGUUUCAAAGUCGUCUGCUAGAAGUUUUAAACGGUCCUACAAAUGUUACCCAUUAGUUCAGACAUAUAAUGUAGGGAUGAAUUUGACUAAUCUGAAGCAGUGAAAUUUGGUGUUUGUAUAAAAUAGCCCAUUAUUAUAUUAUUUGAUUAUAAGUGACUAUGUAAAUCUUCAGUGAUAAAUUCAACUAUUUUGCGUUUUAAC